CUGCAGUCUGUGGGCGUGAUCUGAAACGUCUUUAUCUCAUACGACAUUUAUCAAGUCAUCGUAAGGUACACCACUUUAUCUUCUAGAAAAAUGUAUGGGUUCCAUGACAGGUUUGCUGAUUUUGACUCAACCUGUCCGUAAGAUCCUCCCAAGCCUCCCCAAGGUACUGAAAGCAGCAUCACAACAUGUCACCAAGACCCUGUAUGUUCAUCUUGACCCACUGGCUAAGACUAAAGUGCCAGAGACAAAACAGCGCCUUGCCCUCUACAGUCGCAUCAUCACAGAUAUAUACUCCAGUUCUCCAUUGAACUGUCAAGGUUUGGAUGUAAGAGUCCUCAUGGCAGGAUUUAAAGACUACUCAGAUGUUCCUCUUAAAACUCAAGUCAGGGUUGAUUUACUUCUUUUUGAUCGAGCAAGAACUGGCCUUGAGUUGGCUGAAAUAGAAAAGAGGUAUAAAAGCUUUCUUAUGGGCAGUAGAGAUAAGGUUUUCAUCCUUGAUCAAGAGUGUGAAAAUCAAAAUGAAAUAGAGUUGCCACAGGAUCAAAUUAAUGAAGAUUCAAACAAAAUGUAUUCCAGUGUUGUUAUAGGGGGAACAUAUGAUUGUAUUCAUGCUGGCCACAAAAUCCUCUUAACUGAAGCACUGUUAAGGUGUAAAGACAGACUGACAUGUGGGGUUGCUGAUGGUCCACUUCUUAAAAACAAAAUUCUCUCUGACCUGAUUGAGCCAUGUGAAAAAAGAAUUAGUAAUGUAAAGGAACUUGCCAUGGAUAUAGAUCCCACUGUUGAAUAUAAUAUUGUGCAAAUUACAGAUCCAAUGGGACCCACUAAAUGGGAUCCUAAUAUGGAUAUGAUUGUAGUGAGUGAAGAAACAAAAAAAGGUAUAGCUCUCAUCAACAAGGCACGUGAAGAGGGUGGUCUUAAACCCCUGGAUGGAUAUGUCAUUACAUUAGUGAAUGACGAGUGCCGAGUGAGUGAAGAAGAAGAGGUAAAGCUGAGUGCCAGCUCCCAAAGAAUGAGACUUCUUGGAACUAUUAGAAAACCUGUAGUCCCCAACCCUAACAUUGCAAACCAUCCCUAUGUUAUUGGACUGACUGGUGGGUCUGCUAGCGGAAAGUCAAGUAUUUCAAACCGAUUUGCUAAGCUUGGAGCUGGCAUAGUAGACUGUGAUAAAUUAGGCCACAAAGCUUACAAGAAGAACACACAGUGUUAUACAAAACUGAUUGAAACCUUUGGCUCGGAUCUUGUUAGCAGUGAUGAUGAAAUUAACCGCAAGGCAUUAGGUGCAAAGGUGUUUAAUGACAAAGAAGCUCUUGAAAAGCUGAAUAACAUUGUGUGGCCAGAGAUCGCAUCUUUAGCAAUGAAGCAGAUUAAUGAUUUAGCAACUGAAGGAUAUAGUGUUGUUAUAUUAGAUGCUGCAGUGCUUCUCGAAGCUGGUUGGGAAAAGAUAUGUCAUCAGGUUUGGGUUUGUAUUAUCACACAAGAAGAAGCAGUCACUCGCAUUGUAGAACGUGAUGGAAAAUCACAAAAGGAAGCACAACGGAGAAUUAACAGUCAGUUAUCAAACAGAGACCGUGUUGCUCGAGCAAACAUUGUGUUCUGCACACAGUGGGAUGGAGAGUAUACACAGCAGCAAGUUGAAAAAGCUUGGGCCACCCUUAGGAACUACACUGAAGAAGAAAAAAAUGACCGAAAGGCACAACUAUAGUAAAAAAUAUACUGCUUAUUAUUAGUCAGUUGUUAACGGGUAACUUUGUACUGUAAAUGUUGAUUACUUUUCUUUUGUUGUAAUCAGGAGGUAUGAGAGUUAAUAAUGAAUUAAUUAUUUUCUUGAGAGUGCACAUAUUUUGAAUAUUUUUUAUAUAGCUCUACCAUAUUGUGUAUAAGGAGACAAAGCUUUUUCAUGCAGUUUCUGUAUACAGUUCCUCUCUCAUUCAUGCAGCUUCACUCUUGAUUGUCUCAAUACCUGGAAAUGUUCCGCACCAAUUGUUCCAGCUAAUGGGGAUUUUAUUACAGUACUACAGGUACUCGUAAAUGGGUGUGAGAGGUGUUAAUAUAGUUUAGUUUGUAGAGCUGUGAAACAAACAGUAGUGACUGCUUUUUUCCCUCAAAGUAACACUAUGCUAAUGCAAUACAAAUCACAGGAAAUUACCAAUUAUGACUCCAUAUUAAGUACAAUUGUUGACUGCAUAAAGUUCCUUCAAAUUAACAUAGAUUUUUCUGAAUUUACAGAACUAAAUUGUCACUUAUUGUAAUGCUGUAUUUUAUGGUAGUCAUAUUUUUCAUCAGAAUCUAUCUUAUUAGUCAUGAAAAGGUCCAAAUACUGUACUAUUAUAAUCAUAUGUUUUAUUCCAUAAGUCUUCUCACCACCCAUGUAAUGUACCUUGUCUGGGCCUGUAUUUUAGACUGGGUCAGGUGGCCAGAAACAGACUUGGUAAACAGUAUAUUUACAUGGUGGUAAACAAAACCUUAGAUUGUAGUAAGUGUGUCUUAGAGAUUCUGAAGUGCCUGGAAAUAAUAUUUUAGUACAGUCUCUCCUCGACUUAAGACGGGGUUCCGUCCCGACAACCAGGUCGUUAAUCGAAAAGGCGAAAAUAAUACAUAGAAAUUCUAAAAUGGGUGUCUCUUUUUCUUC